UCAGAGACAAAAGGGUGGACGACCGAGAGAGAGACAGAGAGAGAGAUGACGCAGAAAUCAAACCUUUUCAAAGGCCAACACAAGAAGAAAUCCGUCCCUCCCAACCGCCAUGGCAAAGUCCCUCAAAUCCGCAAAGGGAAAAGAUAUGUGAAGCCAUCCAAGAUUACCAAGGAGAUGGAUGUUGAUCGUGAGCUGAGCAAGUUUAUUAAUCACUGCAAUGAGGUCAAAGCUGCCACUGCAGCUAACAAGGAUGGUGGCCAACUAAGUAUUGUCAAAACACCUGCAGAGUCAAGUGCUGGGGAGAAGAAAUAGUAGAUGAUAAGACAGCAUAAGCAUGGAUUGAGAGAAUUAUAAGUUGUAUUGAAAGAUGAUGUCAAGCAGCCUUCAUGUUGCAAUUCUUUUUUCAUUUUCCGGCUUAUGUUCACUGUGUUAUAAGAGUAUUGCAUAAAACAAGAUGUUAAUAGCUUGUGCUGCUAAAUCUUUUUGUAAAGUUCGGCAGACAGGGUUUUGAUGCUACGUGAGGUUGAUUGACUUUAUCUACUGGUUUCUAAGAAAUCCAUUAUCUUUACAAUUUGUGAGGUAGAUUAACAUUAUAUUCAAAUGGUUAAGGAAAUCUAAGCAGUUUAUAUGAUUGA